CUAGGGCAAAGACUUUCAAAAUGAGAUUUUAAUGGCAUGUUAAAUGCUCCUGCAACAUUUGCAACCAACCUUGUACUACUUUCACCAGCUUAUAUUUACUUCUCUCUUCUACAUUUUUUCUUUAUAUAAUCACACACUCUCCUAACACCUUCAACUCACUCAAUUCUUUCCAUAUAUCUCUAUCUGUCUCCUUUUCUAUCACUGUUUAUCCUUAUAAAUUGGACUUCUCUUGUUAAGGAUAAAGGAGAUACUGAGAAUGGAGAUGAAGAGUAGCAUGAGGAAGCCAGCUUCAUUGUUCACAUUGGCUGCUAUGGUUGCUCUAAUUUCUCUGAGUUUGGCCAUUCCUGUCAUGUCCACUACUGGUUAUAGUCCUUACUCUCCUGCAACACCAGGUGGAGGUGACAAUGACAACAUUAACUGUAACAAUCCCCCACAUGGCGGUAGUGGAAGCAGCGGUUCUCAUCAUGAUUCUCCCACUCCCUCCAAAUCAACUCCUUCCAAAUCUCCUCCUUCAGACCACCACGGCAGCGGUGGUGGAAGCAGUGGCUACUCUCAUUCUCCUCCACCGUAUACCCCGACUCCAGCAACCCCCGUGCCCGUCACCCCCACCCCGAAAACUCCUACCCCAACCACUCCCAUUAUUGUAAGCCCACCAACUGACCCUGGUACCCCAACUUAUACCACCCCCACCAUCCCUACCCCAUCAUCACCCAUUUCCCAUGUCCCCACCACACCUACAGUUGGAUUAACACCACCAAUUCCCUUCAUUCCAUACACACCUCCAUCAGUUGGAACUCCUCCUUUCACAUUUAACCCUAGCUCACCCGGACCCUUUCCCUGCACAUUCUGGAGGACACACCCCACGAUGAUAUGGGGAUUGGUGGGGUGGAACGGGAACAGCGUCCGCAGCAUGUUCGGGAUGGGAAGUGGCAGUGGCGCGGGAGGGUUCGGGGCAGGCAUGAGCUGUCUGGAAGCGCUAUCGAACACCCGCACGGACGGACUGGGAGAGCUGUACAGGGAAGGAACGGCUGCAAUGCUGAACGCACUGUCCAGCGGCAGGAGCUUCCCUUACACAGCAGACCAAGUGAAGGUUAGCUUUGGGCGCGCCGCACUUAGCUCCAGUGAUUCUGCCGCGGCUGCUCAGGCCAAUCUCUUCAAGCUGGCUAACGAGGGACACCUCAAGCCCGCAGCCAGGCGUUAGGGUUUCACCAUUUUCAUGCAUGCAUUUUAUUGUUAUUAAUUAAUUAAUGUUGUUCUUAAUUAUUUCUCGCUAUCAAUCUACGUGUUCUUAGGAUGAUGGUCGAAUAUGGUGUGGGUGUUUUAUUUUGUUGGAUCUUAAUGUGACAGUACGAACAAUAUUAAUUACUACGUAUAUUCAAACUAAAAUAUUUUAUAUCUUGCUAUUUUGCCAACAUUUGUCUCCAAUAUAAUUCUGCAUUUAGAUGUCAGUGUUAAACUUGUUCAUUCUUCC